AUUGAAUAAAUAGACGUGGAUGGUUUAUAUCCAACAACUUUGAAUAAUGAUCUGAUUCAUUGAAUUGAUAAGAUAGUAACUUUUACAAAUCCUAUCAAGGUAGAGUUUUUAGGUUAUGUAGGUAGUGCUUCAAAAUGUUGAUAUUAUUUUCAACUAUCUUAAUAUUCUCACUUGUUUCUAGCGAAACUGAAAUUUUGGAGGAAUGUAUGAAAAAGGCCCGAAAUGAAUUCGACAACGCAUUGUUGGAUCCUCCUAAAUUUACAGUCCCCGAUGAGUUUAAAGACAUCAAAGAUCUUAUAAAUCUUAUCAAAGUAAUAAUUUCCGACAUAAAACCAACAAAAAAAUUAGAUGAGCUAUUUGGUGAUGCUGUAAAUAAAUUGAAGAAACUACCAAAUCAAUUGAAAUUAUUCCGAGAAGCAUACGACGUUCUUAAAAAAAUUGAAGCUGGCGCCGAUAAAUUACAAAAACAAAAAGUGUUUAAUAACGACACUGAAAAAACUUGCUCUGCAGCUAAACAUAGAUAUGAUAAUAUUAGAAAGGACCUAGAAGAAGUUCGAAAACUGGGAUCACAAGUAAAUGCAACAAUAGUUAAAUGGAAAAUAGAUAGAAUAAACGAAGAAAGUUUCAAAGUUAAAAAAUCGUUGGAUGAACUAAAAGUUCCAAUUAAUCUCGAUGAAAAAUAUUUAUGUGAAAAAAACAUACUGGAAAUAUUUAAAGCGAUCAAAGAAGUAUCUUUUAAUAUAAAAAAACUGUUGGAAAUAAUAAAAGAAAAUAUCAGAUCAGAAUUACAAGAGCUCACGAAUAAAUUAAAGCCUCCUCCAAUAAAUGAAGAUAUACCCAAUAUGCCUUUCACUAAACUGCAGUUACAGGAUGCUAUCAAAUAUGUUAAACGAAACUUGAAAAAAGCGGAAAAAUUACGUGAUUUAAUAGAAAAGAAGAAAAUAACCGAAUCUGAUUUUGACAAUCUUGAAAAAAUCGUAUGUAAUCUCCACAAAAAUGAUGUUUGUAAAAUUGUUAUACCUGUACCUGUUGAAAAUUAAUUUUUUCGUAAUAAAUUUAUUAAUUAAAUGGAA